CCUACCAUACCGUGGCCUCGUUAUCCAUGACCUAUCCAUGCACAUUUCAUCAGAGGACCAGACCGACUCUUGGUUUGCACUGGGCUUGGUGGGGGGGGCGCGGCAGAGGAGCUAUAUAAUGGGUGAACUGCACACACCUACCUGCUUUUCCUCUGUCACGGUAUCUUCUUCCCUCAAGAUUUUAUCCUCAGUUGGAUCACCAUGGUGUUCUACAAUACUUAUCCUGGUUUCCUGUAUCGCCAGUUCCUAGUCUGCCCCUCCAAGGCUCCGUCUUCUACCUCCCUUCGCGGCAAAGCCGGCAUUGUCACCGGGUCCAACACUGGACUGGGCUAUCAAGCUUCGGCACAAUUGCUGGGCCUGGGGCUAUCGCAUCUAAUCCUAGCGGUCCGCAGCAGUUCCAAGGGCGAGGCAGCCCGAAAAUCCCUCCUCGCAUCGCUGCCUGCUUCUGCCAAGGCUCCCGUGGUCGAGGUGUGGGAACUGGAUCUCGGCAGCUAUGCCAGUGUGCUCGCCUUUGUCGAGCGCCUCAAGCAGUCCGGGCUCCACAUCGACUUUGCCCUUCUGAACGCGGGAGUGGCCAACUUCCACUUCACAGUCAACCAGGCCACCUCCCACGAGACGAGUAUUCAGGUCAACUGGCUCGGUACCGCACUGUUGACCUUGCUUCUGCUUCCAGUCCUCGAUGGCCAGGCCGCCCAGAAUCUGAAUCGCCCUCGUCCGGUCAUUUCCAUCGUGGGCAGCGAAACCGCCGCAUGGGCCAAGUUUAAGGAGGCGCAGAUUGCACGGAGUCAGCGACGGCCUCUAAUCCAGGUCCUAGAUGACCCCAAGCACUUCAACAUGGGCGAUCGCUACUAUACCUCGAAGCUGCUCUACCAGCUCUUCUUUCUGGAGCUGUUCCAGCAUCGAUCCCCCGGCAAACGCUCCACGGGGGCCAUUCUCAACCUGGUGAACCCCGGCUUUUGCUAUGGCUCCGAACUCCAUCGCACGGCGGAAGGGGCAUUCGGCAAGGUUUUGGGGGGGAUGAAGAGGGUGAUCGGUCGAUCGGUGUCGAUGGGAGCCCGUACUCUGGUUCACUCUGCGGUGUUGGCUGGAGAGCCCUCCAAUGGCCAGUACAUGAGUGACAACAAGCCUGCUCCUUUUGCGGGCUACGGGGAUAGCGACGCGGGAAGAAUCACUCAAGACCAGGUCUGGGAUGAGACGAUCUCGGAGCUGAAGCAAGUUGUGGACGUGAAUGCGCUAUUGUCGCAGAUUUGAUUUUAUUUUCUGUGAAUUUCUUGCUGUGUUUGCCCGUGCUUGGUUGAUUUUCUUCUUUUCUUUUUUUUUUUUUUUGGUAUUUGGUUUCUUUUACCUAAUUGUUUAACUGCCGAUAAUGCCAGAUGGAAG